AGGUUCGGCCGGUUCUAUAUUUAUGAUCACAAGGAGAAAGUAAACAGGAACUUGAUGCACUCCCUCUAUGCAGCUACAAGGAAGUUGCACUGUAUUAAACUGAAAGAGAAGAUCAGUACAGACUAGUAGACACAUUAGACAGCAGACAAUAUGGACAUGACCACUUCAAAAGAAGAGUGUCUCGUGUGCAUGGAAAAAAUAUGUAAUCCUUUGCCACCUUCACAACCUUGCUGUGGAAAAAUAAUCUGCCAGCGAUGCCUGACUCAGUGUUUUCAAUAUAGGUCUCACUGUCCACACUGCAGAAGCCGACACAUCCCCAAUUCUGCAACUACUCGAGGGCGUUUUAGUAGCACGAGAAAUGGCAGAAACAUACAGAAUCUCAUCACCCAGCUUCGAAAUUCACAGACACAACAAACAGACACUGUCAAUCAAGUGAAUCCACCCAAUCAGGCUGCUCCACAAAAUCAAGGCCCUCCCUUUCUCGAUCGCCGCCCGCAACCUUUUCCUAGAUCACGCAACCGAUUUUCAAGACGUAAUGCCAGCCCAAGUGCUUUUAUUCCAGUGGCUCCAUUAACUGCUCCAUCUACACAGCUGCUAAACCCUGCACCACAUCCUACAAGUGUUACUGCUGCCCAAAAUGCUCCUUUGCAAACUGCCCCGACACCUGCUCCUGCUCCUGCACCAGCUCUAGCUCCACGGCUGUUCAACCCCGCACCGCAGCCUGUGAGCGCUGCUGCUGCCCCCGGUGGACUUUUCCAGAACACCCCAAGACCUGCUCCAGCUCCACUGCUGCAGAACAUUGCCCUAUUCCAGCACAGGAAUUCCUUACAGGAGCAGCUUGAUGACUGGCCAUGGCAAACAGAGAUCGCUUUAAUGGGGCUAAUGCAGGAACCUUUAAGUGUUUCUUUGAGGACAUUUGUGUGCCCAUACUGUCAGAAUAAUGGAUUUGAUGAACUUCAACUACUAAAUCACUGCAAUAUCCACCAUGCCAGCGACAGCAGACGUGUGGUGUGUCCAGUGUGUGUAGCGACACCUCACGGAGAUCCACAAUACUACAGCCGCAACUUCAUCGGCCACCUCAACCAUCGCCACUGCUUCUACCUGGAGGAUAUAACUCCCCUCCAGCAGUCCGAUGAGGUGAAUCUGCAGCUCGCGCUUAUGGCGUCUUAUCAACAACAUUAAACCGCAUUUUCAGUUCUCAGACAUGGUCUGGACAGCAAAAACGAUGACAUUCAUGAAUCACCAGGAUAUUAAUAAACUAAAGAGAUGGCGGUGAAAGAUUGAAGAUAUGAUGAUGAGGUAUAUUAUCGAUUAUAUAAUGGCGUCCCACAUGGAAAUAGGCUAUUACAAUUAUAUA